GUGGAUCAUGUGACUAGAUCCGAGGUAUAUAAAUUCCAGCCCAUUCCGCAGGCUUGUUGCAGUGAUUUGAUCCACAGCCGCAAGUGUUAAAGGUGUGCUCUCUGAGGAAUAAUCAUGAAAUUGGUCGCUGUAAUCUUCGCCCUUUCAGUCAUCUCAGGCUGUCAGGGAAGGUUCCUGGUUCAGGAUGAACCUAAAAGCCAUUGGGAGGAGAUGGUGGAUAAGUUCUGGGAGUAUGUAAACAGUGUGAGCUCCGCAGCUGAAAAUAUGAAGAAAAGCAUACAGGAGACCCAACUUGGAAGAGAGCUUGACACACUGAUCAGUGACAGCAUGGCGGAGCUGCAGAUGUACACCGAUGAUGUGCAGUCGAAGCUGGCACCAUACGCCGAGGAGAUGGCUCAAAAAGUGCAGAAUGAUCUCCAGCUGCUGUCAAACAAGCUACGUGUACAUAUGGAGGAGGCGAAGGAUCGCAUUACAGAAUACAACCAGGAGCUCCAGACCAUGGUGGAGCAGAAUGCAGAUGAGAUCAAGAACAAAGUUAACACAUACAUCCGUAAACUGAAGAAACGCCUCAACAAGGACACCCAAGAGAUCAAAAAGAGAAUUGAAACAUACGUCGAAGAAGUCCAGGCUCGCGCUUCUCAGCAUGCGGAGAACAUGAACGAGCGCCUGAAGUCUUACUUCGAAGUCGUACGCCAAAACGCUGAGGACAAGCUUAACACCCUUAAAGAUUUGGUGAAGGACCAAGUUGAACAACUGAUGGAGAAAUGGGAGAAUAUCAAAGAGCAGGCUGAAGAGGUGAAAAAUAAUUUGUAUGCCCCAUUUCAGAAGAAAAUGGAGGAGGUUCAGAACUGGUUUCAGCAAUACUUAAAUUGAGGAGGAGCUAGACACCGUGACUAAAAGCUUGAAACCACCUGUAAGAUCUAACAAGCUGAGAACAUGAUGGGAAAAUAAAUAAAAUAUAUAUUAAGUCCUAUCAGUGUAUUUUAUUAGAAAUCUAAUAGAUGUUUAUUGAAUCUGCCGUGACUGUUUAUUCAGCGCUCAGGAUAAAUUAUUAAAUAAACUGGACCUGUCUGUUUUGCUUACACUGCUUAGAUCACUGGCCUCAGUAUUGGUUCUACAGAAGAAUAUCAAUGAUGUUCAGGUUUAAGCUGUGUUAAAAAAACUUUACAGUAUGAUGCAAAGAGAUAAAGCUACUAUAGCAAGCAAUGUUUAGACCAUAAAAUGUCGUAAGCAAGCCGCUGACAAGUCUGCUACUCUUGCCAGUUCUUAGCAUCUGAUCUGUUGUAAGCAGAUGAGUUUCAAUUGCCAAUUUUCACUAAAAUAAGAAACUGUAUUUUUUUAUAUAUAUAUAUAUUUUCCCUCCAUUAUGUAUCUAUUUUUCAUUGCCAAAUGACUAGAAAAAUAAAACUUUUGAAAUCUGU